AUGGACGCUAUAGGAGAAACCACGGUGGCUACUGGCCCGGAUGUUCCAUUUGCUUGGGGAUACUGCUUCAAAGAAGAACAAGGCAACCCACCAGAUUAUUGUGUUGCAAAUCAACAAUGGCCAUGCGUUCCGGGUAAGAAGUACUAUGGUCGAGGCCCCAUCCAAAUCUCAUACAACUACAACUAUGGUCCAGCAGGAAGACCCAUUGGAUUGAAUCUGCUAAACAGCCCCGAAACCGUUGCAAACUAUCCAGUAGUUUCUUUCAAGACAGCGUUGUGGUUUUGGAUGACACCCCAAUCGCCAAAACCUUCAUGCCACGACGUCAUCACCGGAACAUGGAGGCCAUCGGCAGCAGAUACAGCAGCCUAUUAA